GCAUCGAUCAUUCACUUCCCUGCACUCAAUUUCGUCGUGGGUUCUCCAAAUCUUUGAUCGAAGAAAUGGCCACUGUGGGUUCUUCUCCUCGUCAUGAUCAAGAAGAAUCUGGGAAGGAAGGUAAAGAUCACGUCAUUGGCAAUGCCAUGAUCGUCGAAAGCAAUCGAGUGGAUCACCAAAAUCCUGUCAAUGAUCGUCGGUGCUCGAGGUUCCUCCGUCGCCCAGCGGUAGUACUCGCGAUUUCUUUGCUAUUCGUCCUCAUUGUUUCCCUCUCAAUCUCCCUCCCACUGGUCCUCCUCAAGAAAAAAAGGGGCGAGGAGUUCACCGUAAGCAACGCUUGCAAGUCGACGAGGUUCCCAGACGUGUGUCUCUCCUCCCUGGCCAGAUCCCAGAUCGCCAAGUCCGGGCCUAGAGAACUCCUCGAGGAAACGACCAGGGCUGCGAUUCAGGGCGUGGAGGAGAUGCUCAAUCUCACGGCCCAAUUCAUGAGCGAUGACCACCACCACCACAGCGUCAGGGCCAAGGCCGCGUUUGACGAUUGCUCCGAGCUCCUGGGAAGCGCCAUCGCCGAGCUCCAGGCCUCCCUGGAGGAAUUCGUGCAGGGGAGAUACGAGUCCGAGAUUGCUGACAUCCAGACGUGGAUGAGCGCGGCGUUGACCUUCCACGACACAUGCAUGGACGAGCUGGACGAGGUCAGCGGCGACCCAGAGGUCAAACGCCUCCGGGCCGCCGGUCAACGGGUCCAGAAGCUGAUUAGCAACGCGCUGGCGCUGGUCAACCCCAUGGUCGCGGCGUGGCGGGCAUCCCUGGCUGCGAGAGGUCAGCGCGGGUCAGCGCCGCCAGCGCUGGUCGCCGCUGGCCGGGGCCUGGUCAACGGCGCUCACGUCGUGGACGCGGUGGUGGCGCAGGACGGGUCGGGGCAGUUUGGGCGGAUCCAGGAUGCGAUCAACGCCGCCCCACGGAUGAGCGCGCGGAGGUACGUGAUCCACAUCAAGGCCGGAGUCUACCGGGAGUACGUGACUGUGAGGAGUUUCCACACGAAUUUGAUGUUCGUGGGCGACGGCCAGGGGAGAACAAUCAUCACGGGGAACAAGAAUGUGAUGCAACCCGGGAUCACUACCAGAACGUCGGCCACAGUCGUUAUCGAGGGGAAGAACUUCAUGGCUCGAGAGCUGACCAUCGAGAACACGUCUGGUCCUCAAGCCCAGCAGGCAGUGGCACUCCGGGUUGGGGCCGAUCAAGCGGCAUUCUACCGCUGCUCCAUCCACGGCAACCAGGACACGCUCCUUGCCCACGUCUUUCGCCAGUUUUACCGCGAGUGCACCGUCACCGGCACCGUUGACUUUGUGUUUGGCAAUGCUGCCGCCGUCUUCCAGAACUGCAGCUUCGAGUCAAAGGUACCGGUCCACGGUCAACAGACGGUGGUCAGCGCUCAGGGCCGGUCAGACCCCGCCCAAAACACAGGCUUCUCGUUUCAUAUGUGCCGGGUUGGCGGUGCGUUUCCGGUGUAUCUGGGCCGUCCAUGGAAGGAGUUUGCGCGGGUCGUGUGGCUGAGAUCUCAGAUGGAGGCCAUGGUGCAGCCACGUGGAUGGCUGAGUUGGGAAGGAGGAUCCUUUGGUCUACAGACAUCAUAUUUUGCUGAGUAUAAGAAUUGGGGACCUGGAUCCAGCAUGAGAGAUCGAGUGAAAUGGGUUAAAGUUCUCAAUGGGCCUCGCCUUGCCCGGAAGUUCACUCCAAGUAGCUUCAUAGCUGCACAAUCUUGGUUGCCAAAGACCAGCUUUAUCUUUGACUCAAAGCUCUAAAGAAUAAUUGCUUAAUCAUGUUAUGCUAUAUUUCUUUAUAAAAUCUUUGAGCAGUUAACUUU